AUGGAUUCUGAACCUUCCUGGACUGCCACCCUCUCCCCUGGGGGCACUCUGCCUGUCCCCAAUGCCACCACACCCUGGCUGGGCAGAGAUGAAGAGCUAGCCAAGGUGGAGAUUGGCAUUCUAGCUACGGUCCUGGUUCUGGCCACAGGGGGCAAUCUGGCUGUUUUACUGACCCUGAGCCGCCAGGGCCACAAACGUUCCCGCAUGCACUUGUUUGUGCUGCACCUGGCCCUGACUGACCUGGGCGUGGCGGUUUUCCAAGUCCUGCCUCAGCUGCUCUGGGACAUCACCUACCGGUUCCAGGGCUCUGACCUCCUCUGCCGGGCAGUCAAGUAUCUACAGGUGCUCAGCAUGUUCGCUUCCACCUAUAUGCUGCUGGCCAUGACACUGGACCGGUACCUGGCUGUCUGUCACCCUCUUCGAAGCCUCCAGCAGCCCAGCCAGUCCACCUACCCCCUCAUCGCUGCUCCCUGGCUGCUGGCUGCCAUCCUCAGCCUCCCUCAAAUUUUCAUCUUUUCGUUGCGAGAGGUGAUCCAGGGUUCAGGGGUGCUGGACUGCUGGGCAGAUUUCUACUUUUCCUGGGGCCCACGGGCCUACAUCACCUGGACCACCAUGGCCAUCUUUGUGUUGCCCGUGGCAACGCUCACGGCCUGCUACAGCCUCAUCUGCCGCGAGAUCUACAGGAACGUGAAAGUCAAGACCCAGGCCGGCAGGGAGGAAAGAAGGGGUUGGAGGACCUGGGACAAGCCCUCAUCUUCUGGCGCUGCUGCAGCCACUAGAGGGCCUCCAUCCCGGGUCAGCAGCAUCAGCACCAUCUCCAGGGCAAAGAUCCGAACUGUGAAGAUGACCUUUGUCAUCGUGCUGGCCUACAUUGCUUGCUGGGCACCUUUCUUCAGUGUCCAGAUGUGGUCUGUGUGGGAUGACAACGCCCCCGAUGAAGAUUCCACCAACGUGGCGUUCACCAUCUCGAUGCUUUUGGGCAACCUCAGCAGCUGCUGCAACCCCUGGAUCUACAUGGGCUUCAACAGCCACCUGCUGCCACGUUUUCUGAGUCGCCGUGCCUGCUGCGGGGUUUCCCACCCUCGGGUACACAGGCAGCUCUCCAACAGCAGCCUCGCUAGCCGCCGCACAACACUGCUGACCCACUCCAGUGGUCCGUCUCCAGUGGUCCGUCUCAGCCUUAACCUCAGCCUCCAGGCAAUGCCCAGGCCUGCAGGGUCACUGAAGGAGUUAGAGCAGGUGGAUGGAGAAGCCACUAUGGAAACCAGCAUCUUUUAG